UUUUUUUUUUUUUUGGUUCUUUGCUUUUCUAAGUAUUGAAUCUUAUCGUAGACGACAAAGUUUAUUCCCAGUAUGGAAUCUGAAGGUUCUGAUGUUUCUCGAGCUGAAGAAAUCAAAGUCCUGGCCAAUGAAGCGUUUAAAGCUCAUAAAUAUGCUCAAGCUAUUGAGUUGUACACACAAGCAAUUGAAUUAAACAGUCGGAAUGCUGUAUAUUGGGCGAACCGUUCAUUUGCUCACCUUAAACUAGAGGAAUAUGGUAGUGCCAUACAGGAUGCUUCAGAGGCUAUUGAAGUUGAUCCUAAAUAUUCAAAGGGUUAUUACAGGAGAGGUGCUGCUCAUCUUGCUAUGGGGAAAUUCAAAGAAGCUCUCAAGGAUUUUCAGCAGGUCAAGAGACUCUGUCCAAAUGACCCUGAUGCUGCCAGAAAGCUGAAAGAAUGCGAGAAAGCAGUAAAGAAACUUAAAUUUGAAGAAGCAAUUGUUGUACCGGUGUCUCAAAGGCGUUCCAUUGUGGAGUCUAUCGACUAUCGUACUAUAGAUGUGGAGCCACAAUAUUCAGGUGCAAAAAUUGAAGGAGAUGUUGUAACAUUGGAUUUUGUGAAGAAAAUGACGGAGGAUUUCAAGGACCAAAAAGGCUUGCACAAACGAUAUGCAUACCAGAUUGUCUUACAAACAAGAGAAAUGUUGCGGGCCCUGCCUUCCCUUGUUGAUAUAACCGUUCCGGAGGGUAAUCACUUUACUGUUUGUGGUGAUGUGCAUGGUCAGUUCUAUGACCUCCUCAACAUCUUUGAGCUGAAUGGGCUUCCUUCAGAAGAGAAUCCAUAUUUAUUUAAUGGUGACUUUGUGGAUAGAGGAUCAUUUUCUUUGGAGGUCAUCCUUUCACUGUUUGCGUUCAAGUGCAUGUCUCCGUCAGCAAUGCACCUUGCUAGGGGAAAUCACGAGAGCAAGAGCAUGAACAAAAUAUAUGGUUUUGAAGGUGAAGUGCGUUUGAAGUUAAGUGAAACAUUUGUGGAACUAUUUGCAGAAGUUUUCUGUUGCUUACCGUUGGCUCAUGUAAUAAAUCAGAAGGUUUUUGUGGUUCAUGGAGGUCUUUUUAGUGUUGAUGGGGUGAAACUUUCUGAUAUUAGAGCAAUUGAUCGUUUCUGCGAACCUCCCGAGGAAGGGUUGAUGUGUGAAUUGCUGUGGAGUGAUCCACAACCUUCAUUGGGAAGAGGCCCAAGCAAACGAGGUGUGGGCCUUUCUUUUGGUGCUGAUGUAACAAAGAGAUUCUUGCAAGACAACAAUUUAGAUUUAGUUGUGCGCUCUCAUGAAGUAAAGGAUGAGGGUUAUGAGAUUGAGCAUGAUGGUAAACUCAUCACUGUAUUUUCUGCGCCAAAUUACUGUGACCAGAUGGGUAAUAAAGGUGCCUUUAUUCGUUUCGAGGCACCUAACUUGAAGCCUAACAUUGUCACCUUCUCAGCAGUGCCACACCCGGAUGUCAAGCCGAUGGCAUAUGCGAACAACUUCCUCCGACUAUUUCAAUAGUCUACAUCUACAUGGCUGACCAGGACUUCCCAAAACUGUAUAUUAUGUUGGUGCGCCAUAGAUUUUCCGCGGAUUCGCUAACCUGCUUUGGAAGUUGACUUGAAAGAGCGCUGAUGGACUUGGAGAAAUGCAGUUUCGUGUUUGUGGUGAUCGUGAUCCAUAGAGAUGCUAUUCAUUUAUUUAUCUUGUAGUCACAGUCAGCAAGGAUAUUUAUUGCAUUUCGUUUGUUAUUGUUUUCCCUUGUGCUGCCCUGGAAGUCAAAGUCACAAACACAUGAAUCUGCCAUGCUGGAAAACUUUUAUUAAGUAAAGAGACCUUUUUACCCUUGUAAUUACUUAGGGCUUUAUCACUUUCUUCCUCUUCUCUCUCUCUCAUAGGAAGCAGCCUCCAUAUUCUCCAUUGUCUCAUCUCCAUUAAGGUUUGGCGGAAUCGCAAGGCCGUGCGAGGAGUUCGUUGGUGAUUCCGGUGCGGAUGAUUGUCGUGUCUUUCAUCGCUGACAUUGAACUCAACAUUCUCCUUCCAUUAGCACGGAGUCGUUAAUGCACAGAUCCACUCGUGGAGAUUUUGCGGUGUUUUCUUUGGUGCUCCAUCGCACAAAGGAGAUUUGAGGAGAUCUCCUCCACUCGUGACGGAGAUCCGGAGAUCUCCUCUGUCACACAGAGGAAAUCUAGAGAUCUUCUCCAUCGCAACGUUGGAGAUAUGUGACGUUAGAAAUCCGGAGAUAUCUGUGCGGAGGAGAUUCUAAAUUGAAAGCCGAAACUUUUUCUUUUUCUUCUUUUUCCUAAUUGUGGAUCUGGUGGAUUUUUGGUGUAUAUCUUAUAAUUUUUAGUGGAUUUUUGUGAAUUUGCUAAAUUUUUUGGUAUUCUGACAAUGGUGACGGCUAUAC